UGUCUCCACCGUUUACAGUGGUGCUGGAAGUGAAAAGAUGUGUUCCAGGUCACAGGCAGGUAGACAGCGGAGCCAGACUGAAAUUCACUCCUCCUGAUUUGGAGUUUAGAGCUCUUCUUUGGCAACAUUUUGAUGAAUAAAAUCACAAGUUCUGUGUCUUUUGAAAUUCCUUGUGGAGCCUAGUGCCAUCCUCUGAACUUGGAGCCAACUGACCUUUGUCCUUGGGGCAGAGACAUGGUUCAUGGGCCCAAUCCAGGUCCUCAAAGGGAGGGCAGGUCUGAGUCCUUGCCCUCUGAAGUCAGAAACCUCAUCUCCCACUACAGACCUGCCAGGGCCCAGGAGAGCUCGAUCCACCCAGGCACACCAUAGCAGCAGAGAUGGCUGGGGACACAGAAGUGUGGAAGCAAAUGUUUCAGGAGUUAAUGCAGGAGGUGAAGCCAUGGCACAGGUGGACCCUGAGACCAGACAAGGGCCUUCUUCCCAACGUCCUGAAGCCAGGCUGGAUGCAAUACCAGCAGUGGACCUUCGCCAGGUUCCAGUGCUCCUCCUGCUCUCGUAACUGGGCCUCUGCCCAAGUUCUGGUCCUGUUCCACAUGAACUGGAGUGAGGAGAACUCCAGGGGCCAGGUGAAGAUGAGGGUGUUUACCCAGAGAUGUAAGAAGUGCCCCCAACCUCUGUUUGAGGACCCUGAGUUCACGCAAGAGAACAUCUCAAGGAUCCUGAAAAACCUGGUGUUCCGAAUUCUGAAGAAAUGCUAUAGAGGAAGAUUUCAGUUGAUAGAGGAGGUUCCUAUGAUCAAGGACAUCUCUCUUGAAGGGCCACACAAUAGUGACAACUGUGAGGCAUGUCUGCAGGGCUUCUGUGCUGGGCCCAUACAGGUUACAAGCCUCCCCCCAUCUCAGACCCCAAGAGUACACUCCAUUUACAAGGUGGAGGAGGUAGUUAAGCCCUGGGCCUCAGGAGAGAAUGUCUAUUCCUACACAUGCCAAAACCACAUCUGUAGGAACUUAAGCAUUUUCUGCUGUUGUGUCAUUCUCAUUGUUAUCGUGGUGAUUGUUGUAAAAACUGCUAUAUGAGCCUUAGAAACAUGAUGCUAAGUCAGAAAAAAAAUCAGAUACAAAAAGUCAUAUGUUGUAUGAUUUCAUUUAUGUGAAAGGUCCAGAAUAGGCAAAUCUAUUAGAUGAAUUGCUAGCAGGGCCUAGAGAUAGUGGGAGAUGGGAAGCAACUACCUAAUCCUGAUGGGGUUUUUUUUGUGGGGGAGAGAGGUGUGAUGCAAAUGUUUUGGACUGAGAUAGAGGUGCGGUUGCACAACAGUGUCAAUGCACUAAAUGUCAUUGAACUGUCCACUUUCAAUGGUUAAAUUUGUUAUGUGACUUUCACUUCAGUAUUUUUUAAAAAGGCCUUC